AUGGCGAGGCCAUUAUUCGCCAUUAGCUUCCAUACCUACCUAAAAGUAUCGAGCUUCAAUCCUCCCACAAAACGAAAAGCAUCUAGAGAACAACAAGCGCCCAUCACAUCUGCCGUCCAAGAACAAGAGCAACAAACGAAGAUCAUGGCCAGUGCUGCUGCUGCAGAAGCUCCCAUGUGCUGGCAAGAUUCGCCGCAAGGCCUCAGCGCCGACUGGGUCUUUUCCAACAACUCCAACGUGCACAUAUGCAACGAUCGAAGGUGGUUCACCGAAUUCACGCCUUUCCAAAGCGUCGCAUCGAAUCGAUACUUCCCCGGGGAUAUCGCCGUCGAGGGCGUUGGAGUCGUCAAUCUGCCCGUCAAGCGAGAUCCCAACCAACGCGGACCGCAAGCCCACCACGUUCUCCGCCUCACAGACGUGCUUUACACUCCUUCUUCGGGAUUCAACAUUCUUGGUUCGCCUCUUUAUGAGCUUGCUCCACAAAUCAGCAUGAACCCAACCACGAAAAGCAAUGGUAGUUUGGCGGAUAAAAACGGCAAUCGUAUCGCCUUCUUCUCACCAAACUCGCCGCUCUUUUGUCUCAGACUCAGCGGCCCUCCCGUCGGCCCUCGACUAGCGCCGACCAACUUUGACCCCAAAACGGCAUAUAUCCUGACGGUUGUGUGGCCAGACAGCGAGAGAGCCCGAUGGAAUGCCAGAGACCAACCGGUCGACACAGAAACCAAGCCGCGUCAAUGGGCCGGUGAGCAGCCAUAUACGGCGGAGGAAAAGGCAUGGCUGAAGAAGCACUACCAAGGAGAAUACAAGUUUCUGAGGUCGCACGGGCUGAGCAUCUACGAUGAUGAGGACCGGGAAGAAGGCCGGGCCAUUGUGCGUGCAAUGAUGAGCGCCGACGAGGAUGAAGAAGAGGAAGACGAAGAGGAAGAAGACGACGACGAUGACGAUGACGACUUUGCUCACGUCGCAGAUUAUCUUUUCGACGAGGAAGAACUGGCUUGGAUCAAGAAGCACUACAAGAACUCGGCAACAUUCAUGUUCUCGUACGGUCUCAAGUUCUACGACGAAGAGGAUUACGCAGAAGGCCGAGCCAUUGUGCGUGCAAUGAUGAGCGCCGACGAAGAUGAUGAUGAGAACAAAGGCGGAACAGAGGAUGAAGAAGAGGAAGACGAUGACGAUGACGACGAUGAUGACGAGACUGCUCAUUUCGCAGAUUAUCAUUUCAACGACGGAGAAUUGGCUUGGAUCCAGAAGCACUACAAGAACUCUGCAACGUUCAUGUUCUCGUACGGUCUCAAGUUCUACGACGACGAGGAUUGCGCAGAGGCCACAGGUUUGGUCAGGGCAUUCAUGAUCGACGGCGAAUAA